UUGACAGAGUGCUCGUGUUUCUGAAGCAAACUCUGUUUGAUGAUCGUCAUCUUCAGAUAGGAACAUACCUUGGUUGAGAGCGCACCGUAGUCCAUUGAGCACCACGUCGUAACACUGCCACAUCCGAGAGUUACACUUAAUUCGAAGUCGAUCUCGACCACCUAAACGAGGAUGAAGACCUUGUUGCUCGCAGUAAUGGUCAUUCUGACCAUCUCUUCAGUUAAUGGCCAGGCUGUGCCUACCUGUGAUGCUUCUACGGGCAUUUCCCAAACUGAAUGUGAUGAAUACGUCGCUGCAGGUGCCAUAACUGUGACAUUCGACGGCAAAUCCGACGUUUUAACUGAUGUGGAAACGGAACUCUUCAAAGAAGUCAUCGCUAACGUGUCCAACGACUAUGUUAUCCUUGAAGUUUUGCCAGAGCAUGUGAUCAUCGUGCAGCGUGUUCGUAACACCGCAACCAAUGAAUUCGGCCUGGUGUUCUUCGUGCUUAACCCAUCCGGUUCCGAGUACAUGCCCGUAGCACUCCGCAGGCAGGAGCUCUACCUGAUGGUGAAGCUAAACAACGAUGUCAUCAAUGGCUAUCUUGGUCCCGAUUUGGACAUCACUGCCCAGGAGCCCCCAUCCUCGUACCCAUUGGCUAUUCCAGCUUGGGCGAUAGCUAUCAUUGGCUAUGUCGGGCUGGUUAUCUUUGUCUACUGCAUCAUGGUGUUGACUAAAGAUUGGAGAAGGAAAAAGUCUGAAGAGUUUGAGGCAAAUCUAGAGAAGGAGUACUAUGCCAAUACAAAUGGAGUGACCGCAGCAGGUGAUGAGAUACCAAUGAAGAAGAUACCAGCUAACAAUGACUACCAGGAGAUUAUGGAGACCAAGAAGAAUGGUGGACUGUCCCAGAUAUCCAUAGGAGUACAAACGCCUCGUCAUGUCGCUGUUCAGGUUGACCCAGAUGAAAUAGCAGGUGGGCAGUCUUCGCCCGCUCCGAGUCAGACAAGCACCACAGAAGUGGUGAUCGAAAAUGGCCAUUCCACGAUCGAUGAUGAACCUGCAUACGACUCUCCAGAUAUUCCAGACACUGCCCCCAUCGUUACCCAGACGAAUGAAGUCAACGCCGAUAAGGAAGCCGAUGAUGCAGCGGCGGCUAUAGAGGGCGCUAUAAAUGAAGGUUUUGCGGAGGAUGAAACAGACGUUGCUCAACCUUCCACGAACCUCUAGCUGUAGCUCAAAAACAGAGAAAGAUCUCUCGUGUGAUGUGAUGGAAAGUGACCUGACCUCAGAUCGACUUGACCUUGGAAUCUCACAUAGUCUUUGCACUUUUAAAAAUUUUCUUAUCUCUGUCUUGUUAGAAUGACGAAUUGAUAGUUAUAUUAUAAUCAGCCUUGUAGCAGUUUGAUGCACAUGACACAAAGUCACUCUUGUUUUUAUAAAGAGAUUUUUUUUCCCUAUAUACAGCAUUAAUUAUUAAUUUUGACAAUAGGAAAUCAAGAAGGUUAAUAUUCAUUGUAUGGAUAAAGAAUGCUUAGCAACAUAAAAAAUAACGAUUCGUAACAUCUCAUUCCUAUCCUCAUCUUUGAUAUUAUUUCUUUAUCUCGCUCUCUCUCUCUCUCCCUUUCUCUUUUUAUGAACUCUCUGAAUUCCUGUUGUCUAUACACUAGGUCUGUUCAGUUUCAGUAGGUAAAUCCCCCUCCCCUCCCUCUCUCUUUCUCUGCCUCUGAUUAUUCUCUGACUCUAUCUCUCUUACUCUUUCAUUUGAUUUUUACUCUCUCUUUCAAUUAUGCAAAUCUUUGAUGUUUUCAUCCAAAUAAUCUAAUAAUCUAAUGGUCUAAUGAGGGGGAAGAUUAUCAUUACAGAAUGAAAGGGAAGGAAAAUCAAUUAUAUGCAGCAUAGAUGAUCCUGAAUUCUUCUUUAUGAUUUUGUCCCAAAACUCUUGCCAGCUAUUAUGAACUGUGGAAAAGACGAAGAUGAUAUAUACGCAUACCACAGGAACAUUCAAGCAUUGAUUAGUGAAUAAACAUCACAUUUGGCUUGUAUCAACAAUGAAAAAUUGAAGGGAGUGCGGAAAGCUCUGUCGUAGAUAGAGAAUCAAACAUUGUUCGUGAAUAUGUGUGUUUCAUAAUACGGUUCCAUGACAUUGCUCCAAAGAAAAAUCUGCAAGUUAAGCCAAACUUAAAACCCAACCUAAAACAGGAACUAAACCCUAAUCCUAAUCU